AUCUUCCGUCAACAAAUUAUAGAAACAACAACAAACGAAAAAAGGAAAUUAAGUACUUGCAGAACACUCUACCACAAUUUUCGAUCCUACAAAUAUUUAUCUCAAUUCACUUUCUUCCUUCAGUUCCAUCUUUAUCUCUUUUAUUUGUUUUCUUUUGGUUCUCUCUGUGACUGUGUUAGCGUCAUGAACACGGAAGACGCAAAGACGGAGAGUCCAACAGUCUCAAGCGGCUGUUUCUUGCCUCUCAAGAAACGCAUGAAACUUCAUAACAACCCACCAAACAAUGCCCUAGAGGUUGUGGUUUCAGGCAGUGCGAAGUACAAGGGAGUGGUUCAACUACCAAACGGUCACUGGGGCGCUCAGAUAUACACAGACCACAAAAGGAUUUGGCUCGGCACUUUCCGAUCCGCUGCUGUAGCCGCCGCGGCGUACGAUAGCGCAUCCAUCAAGAUCCGUAGCUACGACGCUAACGUGCACCGGAACUUCCCUUGGAGUGAGUACACGGUCCACGAGCCGGCCUUUCAAAACGAACACACGACCGAGGCAGUGUUGAGCAUGAUCAAAGACGGUACUUACCAACGGAAAUAUAGAGAGUUUUUCAAGAAAGUCCAGUCCAAGAUUGGUGGGAGAUACAACAUGGUUGGACCAAAAGAAGAUCAAGAAUCAAAGAAGGGUUUCUCGUGCACGGAGCUGUUUAGGAAGGAACUGACGCCAAGCGAUGUUGGGAAGCUCAACAGGCUUGUGAUACCUAAGAAGUAUGCGGUGAGGUAUUUGCCUUUGUUAAGAGAUGAUCAAAAGGAGAGAGAAGAGGGUGAAAUAGUAGAAGACGUUGAGGUUGUGUUUUAUGACAGGGCGAUGAGACCGUGGAAGUUUAGGUAUUGUUACUGGAGAAGUAGUCAGAGCUUUGUCUUCACUAGAGGUUGGAAUGGUUUCGUCAAGGAGAAGAGCCUCAAGGAGAAAGAUGCGAUAGUCUUUUACACUUGUGAUGUUCCGACGUUAGAAGGUCAACGCAAAAAGUUCUUGAUGAUCGAUGUUCAUUGCUCUUCAGAUGAAGGUUAUGCUGUAUGUGAUGAGGAAGUAAACGAGACUGUCCAUAACAGUUCUGAGGGAGGAGUAAAAACAGAAGAAACCAAAUCAGUGGAGAACAAGGGAGGGUUUAUGCUGUUUGGUGUUAGGAUUCAAUAGCCACCUUUUAUUCUAUAACUAAACUAGAGUUUUUUUUUGUUUAGAUGUCACAUGGUACGUUUUUGAACUUCGAUUCUUAAUAAGAUUGGUAACUAAUAUAAAAGUAUAAAACCAUACUGAUUCAGUUGGUAACAGAACUCUAUAAAUCAAAUCAUCUUAUCAUUGGUUUCUUAAUAUAUAUAUAUAUAUACGAAUAGAAGGGUAAAAUACGAAGUUUGAUACCACUAGAAAGAUCUUUCUUGGGAGGUCAGAUGUCAAAUUGCAAAUUGAGACACUGCGAAUAGAUCCAAAAAUUAAAGGAAAUUCAACAAAACAUCAGAUGAAAUAGUGAAAGUUGUUUCAUAAAUCAUUGUGGUUUGUGGAUUUUUUAUUAAGCCGCAUAAAACAAAAAAUAAAUGGAAACGGAUAAAAUUUUAAAAUAUAAAAUUGAAAAUUAUGAAUUAUUUUCUUAUAAAAAAAAUAAAAGUUCAAGAUGCCGUUUUUUUUUUUUUUCCGCCAAGUUAUUUUUUUUAUUAAUAAAGGGGACUAAGCCCAACAACAAGUACCGGGCCAAAGCCCAAACAACUACUAGACUUAAAGCCCAUCACGAAAGGGCAAACACAAACCAGCUAAACGGACCUACGGCCCAAACCGAAAGAACCCCACUACGCGGGCCGGACGCGUCCUUGCUGACCCAUGCGUCAAGGAAACUGGACGCGUGUUGAGAUCUCGUCGUCAGCGCGACACGCGUCACCUAUGCCUCGACUUGACCAUCGCCGCAUCGGAGCACCACCGGAACACCACCACCAUACACCUCGUUUCGUCGGAGCUUCAAUACCGAAAGCCUCCACCGAAACCGAACUUUUUUCCAACGCUUUACCAUUCCGCGGAGAGCUUCAUCAAACUCUUCUAGAACUCAUCCGCCAGAAGGACACCGCGAGCCACUGAAACCCCACCACCAGAAACCACAACGCAACUUCACACGCUACAAACUAGUAGCCACAACCCACAAAACAACGGGUCUCAUAACCGACAGGGCAUAGCUUUGAAAGCCUCCACCCUCGGAGCCAAGAGCCGGCGAAGACGGAGCUGAGUAAGUCUCCUCUUCCCGGGAACUGAGGCCGGAGUCGGUGGAUCUGCGUAAGCCUCCACCUCCCGGAGAAAGGCCGGCGACGACGGAACUAGGGUAGUUUCCAUGUCCCGGAAUCAACACCACUGAACGACGAACCAAAUUGCUCACGCCAGCACCUAACCCGACCGCGUCUUUCCUCCAGACGCUAAACCAUCGUAGAACGAUGACUCAGAUCCAGAGCUUAGACAAGGCGAUCGUUGAAAGGCGGCGAAGAAGAAAGAAAAUAAGGGAGCUUGAAGGAAGAAGACGGCCUCCGGCGACGGCACGGACGUUCACGCACCGUCCGUACGCCGGGCCCUAAAACGAGAUCUACUUUCUCUCUCUCUCUCUCUGGAAGCUGAGACUCUUGUUUUGUUUAUUGACGGAAGUUCAAGAUGCCGUUUAC